GACACAUAUUCCUUUAAAGGCGUAUUUAAAGCCCUGGCUCCAGUCGCAGGAGCAGCGGACAGCCUAUGCAACAAAAGCUGCAGCGGAGCCGAGAGACCGACACACUGUCCGAGCGCUCAGCGGAGCCCCGCGGCUGACACGACCCGGAGAGGUACAACUGCAGUGCUUAAGGUUGCAGCCCGGACCAAACGGCGACGUCACGACGACAUUUAUGAAGCUUUCAAGGCCUUUUGAUUGAUCAGCCAAUCGAUGGGGAUUUUCAGAGGAGCUCCGCCAACCGUCGCCGCCCGCCCUCCACCUUCUCCCUCCUCCCCCCGCGGCCUGCUGCUCGCCCCCACCCAAUCCGUCAUCCAGCUCUCCAUCCAGCCCCCCAUACACAAAAUGACUCUGAAACUCUCUGAAUGGUCUUCUAUAUGGAUUUUUACUGCUUCUAAUAGACAGUAAAAAAGAGGGGGAAACCUCAAUGACAAAAAAGCCAUAAACACACACACACAUACACCACACACACAUACACACACAUAUACACCACACACGCACACACACACACACACACAAUCUGACACACAAACACUGUCAUAUCAACGUACCAAAUAAAGCUGACAGAGAUCUACAGGCAGCGUCUCACACACCUGACAAACGCAAAGAAGAAAAUGCACAAAGUCACUCUUGGAAUGUACCGCUCACUCUUCCUGUGAAAUUCAACUGCUUCCUUUAUUUUUGGGGAUUUUCUACAAAGCUUUUGCAAAGCUGAUUUUCUUUCUCUGAUUUUUUUUUUUUUUUUCCUUUCUUUCAACCGUGGGUGGAAAACAAGGAUAAAGGAGUGCUGAGUUUGGAGGUGCCGUGUUUUUUUGGAGGACAACCGAUCGCUGAAUUUGAUUUUCGUUUUUUGAGGAGAUCUGGAAAUUCAGAUCUGUUCUCGAUCUGUAGAUAAGAGAUUAGUUAUUAUUCAUCCAGUAAGCAUCUUCGUUUAAUUUCAACCCAGGUUUAGUUUUCUCAUCUCUUUUUCUGUUUCCCCACUUUGAUCCUUUUGAUGAACGCUCUAGAAAUAGAUGAUAUAACCAACAAGUUACAGCCACUGGUUGCAUUUUGUAGCUUGUAAAGAUUGUAAGUUACUUCUAGGAAGUCGCUACUAGUUUUUUGAAGAAACUGCGAGUAUCUUGACACAAGCUGGUCAGCAAAAGUACCGUUUUCUCUCCACAUUUAUAGUCGUUCCCAGAUCUGUGUGCUCCAAGGGGCGUGAUUGUUUUCCCGUUGCGUGCAUGCCCUCCACCAUGCCUCCCCAGAACACGGAGGCUGACGCCAUGCAGGUCGGAUCUCUGGUGGGUGGGGCGAACGCCAAAAACUCCACCGCCGCGUCCAGCUCGGAUGAGGAGAAAGGAGGAGCGGGAGGCGAGACGGAUGGAUUGGGCGGCGGGGGCGCGGGGACAGGAGGGGCUCGAGGAGGAGAAGAAUCGGCGAGCGAAGGAUCCAUCGAGGGCAUACCGCUGAAGAGAUGGGUGAUGCACGGCGCCGUGAUGUUCGGCCGAGAGUUCUGCUACGCCAUGGAGACGGCGCUGGUGACGCCCGUGCUGCUGCAGAUAGGUCUUCCAGAGCAGUACUACAGUCUGACAUGGUUCCUCAGUCCAGUUCUUGGCCUCAUGUUCACCCCUCUGAUCGGCUCGGCCAGCGACCGCUGCACCCUGCGAUGGGGCAGGAGGAGGCCGUUCAUCCUGGCUCUCUGCAUCGGAACGCUGAUCGGAGUGGCUCUGUUCCUGAACGGCUCACUGAUAGGUUUGUCAUUGGGUGAUGAAAAAGGGAGACAACCUUUAGGAAUAGUUCUUACUGUGCUCGGAGUGGUGGUCUUGGACUUUUGUGCGGACGCCACAGAGGGACCAAUCAGAGCCUACUUGUUAGACGUGGCGGACACCGAAGAGCAAGACAUGGCGCUCAAUAUUCACGCCGCUUCUGCAGGUCUUGGAGGUGCGGUUGGCUACGCCCUCGGAGGUUUGGACUGGACGCACACGUUCCUCGGAGUGGCCUUCAAGUCCCAGGAGCAGAUCCUGUUCUUCUUUGCCGCCAUCCUCUUCUCCGUCUCUGUGGUGCUGCAUCUCCUCAGCAUCGAGGAGCAGCAGUACUCGCCGCAGCAUGACAGGCUCGACCAGGAGAGUCCAGAUCCCGCACACCUGCAGCCGUCCGCCAACGGCAGGGCUGGGCUCCUCAGCCCCAAGCUGGAAAUGAUUGGAGAGGACGACACGUUGGAGAGCUACGACCUCUAUGACCCCUACGGAGACGACCACUCAGACCAUGAAGACAUGGACUUCCUUGAGGUGGAGCUUGUAAGAAGUAAAAGCGACAGUGUCCUCGCCAUGGCAGACGCCACUCUCGACCACCUGGACCACGACGCGUUGUUCCUGUGCCACAUAGAGCCGUCCAUCUUUGCCGACCGGCUCUCGCCGUUCCAAGGCUCGCCUCCGCUGACCUCCGCUUUCUUCAGCCACAGUCGAAACACUCCGCCGCCUCCGCGGCUCGCCAACAUCAGGCGCAGCAGCAGCGCCGGAAGCCAGGAUCUCCUCCGGGCCCAGAACGGCCACCAGACACACGCCGCUCCCGCGCCCAGGAUUUCCCGCCUCUCGGCCUUCCUGCAGGAAAUGGAAAAUGACGACGGGCAGGAGGCGUUACUGAAUAACCAGCUUAAUGAGCAGCGGACAUUAAACGGACGCCUGUUAGCCAGCGUCACUCAUCCCGACGGAGCCGGCUCCGAUAGGCUGAGCUCUAAAGGACAGGCGCACCGAGCCGGGAUGGUCAAAGCCGCCAGCACAGGAGCUCCGAUGCGACAGUCCCGCCACCGCCACACCUUCUACCGCCAGCCGUCCUGCACGUUCUCCUACUACGGCCGCGUGGGGAGCCACCGCUACCGCUACCGCCGCGCCAACGCCGCUUUCCUCAUCAAGCCGUCCCGCAGCAUGAACGACCUGUACGAGGUGGAGGCCCGGCACCGGAGGAGGAACCGGCAGAGGAACCGACACCGCAGCGGAAACACCAACUCCUCCAGCGGAGACACCGAGAGCGAAGAGGGGGAGGUGGAGACCACGGUGCGCCUCCUGUGGCUGUCCAUGUUCAAGAUGCCCCCGGAGCUGCUGCGACUGUGCGCCUGUCACCUGCUCACCUGGUUCUCCAUCAUUGCGGAAGCCGUCUUCUUCACCGACUUCAUGGGACAAGUCAUCUACCACGGAGAUCCCACUGCUCCUGCCAACUCAACUUCGUUGGAUAAUUAUCACAGAGGCGUCCAGAUGGGCUGCUGGGGCCUGGUUAUUUAUGCCAUGACUGCUGCUACGUGCUCUGCUAUUCUUCAGAAAUAUCUUGACAACUUCGACCUAAGUAUUAAGGUCAUCUACAUCAUGGGGACACUUGGAUUCUCCAUCGGAACCGCUGUCAUGGCCAUCUUCCCUAAUGUGUAUGUAGCUAUGGUGAUGAUCAGCAGCAUGGGCAUCAUUUCCAUGAGUAUCUCCUACUGUCCCUACGCUCUGCUGGGACAGUAUCACGAGAUGAAAGAGUACAUUCAGCACAGUCCUGGUAACUCCCGCAGAGGCUUCGGUAUAGACUGUGCCAUCUUAUCUUGUCAGGUGUACAUCAGCCAGAUCCUGGUGGCCUCGGCUCUGGGAGCCGUGGUGGAAGCGGUUGGCAGCGUUCGUGUCAUUCCCGUGGUGGCCUCUGGGGGCUCCCUCCUCGGUUUCUUCACUGCCUGCUUCCUGGUCAUCUACCCGACUCCAAACAGCGGGGAUUCAGAGUCAGCCAAAGCGUCGGAGAAACGGGCCUUGACGAAGCUGGACAAUCCCAACAGCGGCGAAGGGGCCGUUGCCGUGGUGAUCGAGAAACCAAGCUUCCUGAAGCUCAACCGAGAGGGCAAGGCCACCAGCACCACCGCGUCCUGCCACACAGAGAACGAGUCCGCCCUGUGAUCGGCCGGCCGAGUCGGCUGAAGCCACUUUCAGUGUACCCGCUGUCGGAAAACACUCAAAGAUGUGCCUCCAUCCUCGUCACGCCGGAGUUUACAGACGCUGAGGAAGAAGCGUCGGGGCGACUCACUCUCGGCGUCUGCUCCGGCUCUGACGGGCUUUUCACAUUUUCACUUUGCGACCCGCUGAAGAAAACCGGCUCCGCUGCCGUGGGACCAUCGUCAAACCAAUUCACCGAUCAGAAACCCUUCCACCUCCGCCCUCGCCGACUUCCGAUCGUCCAGGAGUGAGUCGGUCAGUCAGUCACGGCGAAGGCUUUCAGGAGAGGUCGUCUCUGUCUCUCAGGGCCUCUAGGAGGCGCUACUGAGCAGCCACCUGGUCAAACUUCAGGGGACUCACUCAUGAAUACGCACACACCUCUACGUCUGGGGUCAAUACAAUCGAACGAACUCCUGAAUAAUGAACACUGCUGAUGAACAUUAGUCCUUGAAGCUGCAAUCAAUAAAAAAAAAAAAAAAAAUCAAUAAAUAAUGCUGAAAAUCGUUCUUCCUCGCCGUGGAAUCGGCCCGAUCCAGUCUUGAAGAGAAUGUGUUUGCUGACUUGGAGUUUCCCGAAGGAGACGCCGCGUUCACCAAAUGAACCCCGACGACACACUCGGCUGUGCAGGACUUCCACGGCUCUCUGCGACUGUAGCUUUAAGACUCUGCAGACCUCUGGAAGUGGCAUUUCUGAAACAAAGAGCCUGAAGCCUGAUUCCUGGGGGAAAUGAUUGAACUUUUAGUGCCCUGAAUUGAUUGCAAGUGCUUUGAUUUUGCACUCUGUCAAACUGCAGCAGUGUUUUUGAAAGCUGUAAUUUAGCCAUUGUGGGAAGGCGAAGCGGGAGGAAGUUCACAAAAUCUGCUCUCGGCUGUGGAGCAGAGGGUUGGAUUUUUGAAAUGUGGCAUGUGAAGAAGACGCUGGUGUUUAUUGGGUGCGGUGUGGGCAUUACAAUUCCAAAUAAUUUGACAAUUUACUGAGGACCCACGGCGAUGUUUCUGCUUCAAAUAAUCAGACGUCUCUAAAGCUGCAUGUUACGUAUGAGCAGAGAAUAGACAAACCAAACCGCCAUAAAGAAGGAAGGAAGGAGAAAAGCUCUCUGUCUCUUAGUGUCUUGGCUUUUUUGCUAGUUUAGUGUUCGCUUUUAGCACAUCGUCGUCGCCACCUGCACAGUAGAUGGAAAGUGUUACAGCGUCGGAAUCGAAAUGUUUUCUGGAUUCGUGAAGUCGUCUCACACUCUUCGUUUCCAGUAGAUCCAGUAAAGGCGCCACUCAUCUAGAGUCUUAAGUGUGGCUCGAGAAUAUUAAAAUUAAACAAUGAUGUUUUCAUUCCCUAUGUGGUGAAUUAGAUGCAACAUUGAAAUAACUUUAAGUCUGUUGUUAAAAUAGACGUUCCCGGUCAGAGUUUUAGGCUUCAGUGGAGCUUUCUCGCCCUGCUGUGCGUCGCUCCACUCGAAUGCACCAAAUGUAGUCUGUAGAGAAGAGUUUUAGACGCUAACGGCUUCUGUCUGAUGCAAACUGAAUGAAUGUCCACUGAGCUGAGAGGAGGACAGGAGAAAUGUUUCACUUUAAAGAGAUGGUUUGACGUUUUGGGAAAUAAAGUCAUUUACUUUUUUAGUUGGUACGAGGCGAUGGUGUGUGUGUGUGUGUGUGUGUGUGUGUGUGUGUGUGUGUGUGGCGAACACAUUCAGCAGUGUUUAACGUCGCUUUAGCAUUAAAUCACAACUCAGCCAGAGGUGUUUAAACUCCAGACAGAACUCAUUUCUGAUCAGUUCAUUUAAAUUUACAAUGCCAGGUGAUAAACUUGAAACAGGUCCAGGUUUUUUGUUUUUUCAUGUUUUUGCUAAAUUAACCUUCAGUUUGCUGAAUGUUCACCACACAUCUGAAGCCUUGUAAGAAAGUAAAUCAUUGUAUUUCCCUAACAUCAGACUACUUACUUUGUUAUAAUUGAAAAGUUAUAAGUGUGAAAAUUGCAUGUCUUAAUUUUUGAGAAAAAACUGUCACCUUUUCAAGCUACAAAUCAAAAACUGGAGAAAGAAACUGCCUCAGAUACUUCCCACAGUAAGACAGAAGACUAUCGUUUUAAUUAUAAAAAUGAUAAAAUGACUAUUCCUAAAGUCUGUAAAGCAGUGAUUAUUCAUUUGUUCAAUUCAAAAGCCAAAUUCAAAUGAUUCAGGAAAAACUCAACAAUGUGUAUACAAAAAAUUGACCUCGAAAGUCAGUAUCACAAAAUUUUCACUCAAUCUGAAACAUUUUCACUCCACUAAUAUUUCUCACGUUAUCGUAAAUAGAGCUUGAAUUUUGCUUUGCACAGACGUUACUUCACUUUAAGACGUGUCAACAGAUCCGAUGCAACGUCUGAAGUAAAGUUUGCAUCUAGUGAGGACGAGCAGAAACGACAUGAUGCUGGAGGUGGAAGUAGAAGUGCUGAGUGUGGUUUUUGCAUCAAGAUUUUGCAGACAGAGGGAAGACAGACUGCUCAUGUCUUCAUAGCACUUAUAUUACUGAUACUGAGCAAGUAGCCAUGAAGUUGGACUUAAAAAAAAAAAAAAAAUCUUUCGAAUGUUUCCUACGUCGACGAUGCUGGGCGAGUAACAACAGACUUGAAAGAUUAGAUUGUGUUUUGUUUUUUGACAAAUCAGACCUUUUGGUUGCAAUAGCGGCUCCUGUGAGGAGGCUGUGUGUGCGGGUUGCGCCGGGGGAGCAGGGUUGGUUGUGGUGGUGAGAUCCUUAAUGGAAAAAAAAAAAAAAAGACGGUUUCCAGCAGGGUUUGUUUGUGUUUUCCUGAAUGUGUCGGGGUGAAAGGCCACGGGCGUCCGCCGGUCCAUCUUUCCUCUCAGAUAAAUCAGCUGAAAAACAAGCAACUUGAAAAGAAGAGAGAUGUAAAGUGCAGUGGGUUGAUUUACUGUUGAAAGAAUUCUUUUUUUUUGUUUGUUUGUUUUUGGGGAGUGUGUAAAUUGUAUUUUUACAUUUUGUGGAAAAGAGUUGUUGAUUUGUGGAGAUUAACUCACUGGUUUUUAUUUUUUGUUUUUUUUGUCACUUGAGUGGAGUUUGGUGCAGAGUUAAACCCUUUUUUUAACAAACUAGAUUAUUUCCAUGUUUUCAGGUACAUUCAAUCAGUCCCAAAGCAGAGAGAGAGAGAAAGCGAGUUUUUGCUCGAUGCCGAUCAGACUGGGACAAAUAAAACAGGGAUGAGACGAUAGCAGAAGAUGCCAGAGCUUUAAAUGGCCUCUGUUGUCACCACCUGCGCAAUAAGAUAUUCUGGAUAAGCAAAUGGAUUUACAACUUUGAGAUAUUGAUUGAGAUAAUCAGAAGUGUUAAAAAUAACAACGGAAAACAAGAAAAAAAAAAAAGAACUUUGGGUUUUUUGGGAGAUUUGCAUGCGACAACAGCGAUAUGCAUGUGUGGAACACCAAAGUGAGACUCUGUACAAAUGACUCCAGAUCCUUUCUUUCAUGUCCUAAUAGGUCAGGGAUGGACUUUUCUAAUGCAUGGCUGGGUGUUCGUGUCUUUUUAUUUCUUAUUUUUGACGUCCGUGUGAAAAGAAAAAAAAAAAAAAACAACUUGAUGUACUCUAUGGGCUGAAGCAUUGUGCUCGUUCUGGGUCAGUACGCUCAUAACAAGCAUGUGAGUUUUAGACUUUUUCUCUUUUUCUUUUUUCUUUUUUCUUUUUGCACAUUUACAGGUUUCUGAUAACGUUCAUCUGGUCGCCUUUCAGCACCACACAGGUGUGGGUGGAGGGAGUUACAGUGUGUUCAAGGAUGAGUGUGUGUAUGUGUGUGUUUCUCGUCCCAAGCCAGGCUCGGCGUUCAACGUGUUUGCAGGAAACGCCAGGCCGUUCAUACUUGAAGUGCAACUUGAGUGUUUCUGUUCCAGUGCGGUGAGAAAGUCUUUGAUUUGUAGGUUUGUUUUUGUUUUGUUUUUUUUCUUUCUCGCUCUUAAAGUCCCGAGCAAACUUCACCGUAAACUCCGGAAUGUUCCCGCCGCUCGGCACGCUGGGAGUUUGAGCUCUUAACCUUUUUGAUUCCAUCUGGUGACUUAAAAAAAAAGUUCCUGAAAGUCAAUGAAUGUGAGUCGAUUUCAGCCGAAAUCUUUUUUUUUUUUUCUUUCGUUCGAUGUUCGACAAGCCAGGGUGGCUCCCUUCUGAUGUUGCACAGAACUUGCACAUGAUUAAGAGAAAAUAGAAAAAUAAAAGUUU